CUCCAUACCCACCGACCUCAAUCAAGCCUUGCUUCGGACCUGCAACCAUCCACAAUGGGCGUAUUCACCACUAUCACUAUCAACCUUAUCUCAAGCAUCCUAGCCCUCAGCACCACUGCCCUAGCAUCAGCAGCAGCAGCCACCACCACCACCACCACAAACACCACAACGACUACCGAUACUACAUUCCCCAGCACCCUCAACAUCACCACACUCACAGCCCACAACAACCACUCCGUGCUCGAAUGCUGGGCCCUGCAACCGGGCUACUCCCUAACCUCCGAGGCCGGCGUCUCCGGCAACGCCGUCCUCAACCUAGGCCGCAUCACCGGCAACGCAACCAACAUCCUCAUCCCCGCCCACUAUGACGGCGGCCAACACAAUGCUCCCGCGCUGCAGUAUGUUGUUUCCCCUCUCACCCACCAACAUAGACCAUAAAACCCAUCACCAUAAAGUCAAGUCACACCUCUCCUUCCCGUAUCGUUCCAUGUUCUGAGUCGCGUGUACUGUACUGUACUGUCCCUAAAGUAACAUGCCCCGAAACAAACCAGAUGGGUGAUUUUCCUUUCCGGCGUGGCGCAUAUCACGCUCCCGACCUCGGAGGAUGAGGCGUGGGUGACCGGGGGCAAGAACGGGGCGAUCCUGGCGCUGGACACUAAAGAGGUGAGCGCGGAGGGCCAUGCGACGACGUAUCCGUCCGGCGAGAUGACGGUGGCGGUGGAGGUGCCCUUGUCGGAGGUGCCGGCGCAUCAGGUGGUGCAUUCGGGGGC